UUAACCGAACCAACAGCAAACUCUUGCUAGAGAAGCACAUUAAAACGCUGACGUCCCCUUAUAAUUUUUGGCUCCUAAUUAGCUCAUAAUUUUCGUGUCAGAGGAGGGGGGGAAUUGUGGGAUUAGAGGCAAAAUGACUAAAAGAAGAAUUCGUGACCUAAUGUACCCAACCUAUGAGGAAGAGAAGGCCAGACACAAGAAAAAGCGCCUGGUGCAGUCUCCUAAUAGCUAUUUCAUGGAUGUCAAAUGCAUGGGGUGCUAUAAAAUCACCACCAUCUACAGCCACGCACAGACGGUGGUGCCCUGUGCUGGCUGCGCAAUAAUCCUUUGCAGGCCCAGUGGUGGGAAAUGCAGACUUACUACAGGAUGUGUCUUCAGGAAGAAGACAAAUCAUUGCGUGGCACCCCCCCAAAAAUAAAAUGAGUCAUCAUUUCUGUAAAACAUUUAUUAAGUGACACGGAGGGCAUUUGGUAAAUAAAGUACUUCAGAAAUAUUCUUGAUCAUAAUUGUUAAAUGGCCAGGCAUGAGAUAUUUUAAAAAAUGGUGUUGACAAUUUAUUGUGCGUGCUGUGAAUUUUCUUUGGUCUUCAAAGUUUCCCUGGCGUUAAGAAGUGAUAAAAAAAAAUGCAGUACUAUACCUAACAUUAUUCUACUAUAUACAAUAAGGAUUUGUGAUCAUACUUGAUUAUUGCAAUUUAGCGUAAGUGUAUUUUUUAACUCAUGCAAGGCCAUUUGAAUGGGAAGUCCAUCACGGUCCAUGGCAUUGAAUGAUUUAAAAAGCUGGACAAAGCAAGAAAAUUUACUUUUAGGAAGUACUUGUAAUACUUUUAAAUUAAUCGGAUUGUACCAGGACAUAAAAAACCCCAACAAACUCAUACUCAUUAUGACAAACAAGUGAGUGUUGUACUUAUGUGGCUGACAAAUAUCACACAACAGAUUGCGUUCACUAGCUGCAUUUCACCACCGUGUGGCGCUUAAGACUUGCUGCGAUUCAAAGGAGCGGAAAAAAAUAAGACUCAACUUUAGUCUGUGGUUGCCACAAGUGUGAGAAGUGGCUGGAAAGCAUAACAGAAUGUCAAUUUGAAAGGUUUCUAUUUAAAGUGGUCGAAAUAAAAUGUAGGGAGGCAAUCUGUGCAGUUUAAAAGAACUUUGUUAAACUUCCCUCCUUCAAAACAAAAUUCCAUCUUAGAAAAACAACAAAAAGAACAUCAAGGGAUAUUGAGUUAAUCCCCCCUUACUCAAGGAAUGCUUUGGAAUAGAGGUGAACAUUUAUGGAAUGUUACAUCUCAUCCUCGUGUGUGUGUUUAUAAGCUGUUUAGUUCCUGCAGGGUCUGAUCCAGGACCUGAUGCAUGUCCAGAUUCUCCUCCUUGGCAUGUGACAACUUUUCUGCAGAGACAAAGAAAAGCGAGAUAAUGAAGCCUAUUGCGAAAUGAUUAUAAAUACAGUCCCUGACAAAAGUCUUGUCACUUAUCCAUUUUGUUGAAACAAUUGCUAA